UCUUAUCGAUCGAUUGUUUUUUAUCGACUGCUGUGUGGGUGUGUGUGUGGGCGUUCGUGAAUCUCGUCAAGUGUAAUGGCAAUAAUCUUGAUCCACUUGCGUCGAAUUGUGCUGCUGGUCACGGUCGCUUAUCUCUGUGGCACCCUGGUGAAGAAGUUGCUGUAUGGUACCGCUGUGCGCUACCCGAAGAUCAACAAUCUGCUGUUUACGAAGCGGUUCCACUGUCAGCUGUGGGUUUACCUGUACACCGUGUACCUAUACGUGGUCGUGCUCAACUGUAUCGGCUGGAAUCAGCUCAACGUGUUGGACUUUUUCCUUCAAUGAAAAUUCGGUUCGGUGAAAAUUCCCUCCUCGUUAGUGUGAGUUCCACCGACUAAAAUUAAUCUGGAAGACAACCGGCGGCGCUUGAGAUAGUUUUCCGAGGAAAAAUAAAAAUGAAGAAAA